AGGACCCGGCACGGCUGGUCGCGCGCGGUGCAUCGGCGGCAGCUGCAGACCCGACGGCGUCCGCCCCCCUGCCCGGUCCCGCAGGCCGCCGCGGCGAGAGGACCUCGGGCUGCGGUGCUGCGCUCGCGAGGGGUUGUGCGGCGUGGCUGCGCGGGGACCGACGCCACAGGGCCUCUGAGCUGCUAGAGACUUCAGCCGUGGUGGCCAGGCGCUCCCCACACAUUGUACACGCUUGCAGCUUCAGGAAGCUGCUCCUUAGGCUGUGCCCAUCCUGUUUGGCAGCCCAGCUACCAUGGAGGCCCCAGAAGUCCCUGUGGGCUCCCUGAUUGACUUUGAGACUGAACCACCUACCUCCCCUCCUUUGGAAGCAGCACCGUCAACACUCCAGGACCCAGAUGGCUCCCUGGGUGAUGGUGCAUCUGAGAGUGAGACCACCGAGUCCGCAGACAGUGAGAACGACAUGGGCGAGUCACCUUCACACCCAUCCUGGGACCAGGACCGACGCUCUUCCUCCAAUGAGUCCUUCUCCUCCAAUCAGAGUGCUGAUUCCGCCCCAGACGAGGAGACCCUGGCACUUCGAGAGUUUAUGCGCAGCUACGUAGAGAAGAUCUUCUCUGGAGGGGAGGACUUGGACCAGGAAGAGAAAGCCAAGUUUGGGGAGUACUGCAGCGGAGAAGACGGGAAAGGCCGGGAAUGGUUCGCACGCUUUGUGAGCGCACAGCGCUGCAAGUCCAAGUGUGUGUCGGAGCCGACCUUCUACCGCCUGGUGCAGUCCUUCGCGGUGGUGCUGUUUGAAUGCCACCAGAUGGACGACUUUGGGCCUGCCAAGAACCUCAUGACCAUGUGCUUCACUUACUACCAUCUGGGCAAGCCCCAGCUGCCCCCGACAGAGCCCAGGGAGAAGCCAGCGGGCAGCAUCGACUCCUACCUGAAGUCAGCCAACAGCUGGCUGGCAGAGAAGAAGGACAUUGCCGAGCGGCUGCUGAAGAACACAGAGAACAUGAAAGGCUUUUUCGGGGGGCUGGAGACCAAGUUGAAAGGACCGCUGGUCAGGAAAAAUGAGGAAGAUGAGAACAAACCUAAGGACAGACAGACGAAGACUGUGACCAUGAUCAGCCCUGAGGAUGAGCAGAAGGGGGAGAAGGUUUACCUGUACACGCACCUGAGGCAGCAGCCCAUCUGGCACACGCUGAGGUUCUGGAAUGCUGCCUUUUUUGAUGCUGUCCAUUGUGAGAGGCGGAAGCGAUCCCCCACCACCAGGGAGAAAUGGUGCCACAUGACCCAGGAAGAACGGGAUGACAGCCUGCGCUUCAACGAGAACAUCACCUUCGGGCAGCUGGGCACGUUCACCCACAACAUGCUGGCCUUUGGCUUGAACAAGAAGCUAUGCAGCGACUUCCUGAAGAAGCAGGCUGUGAUUGGCAAUCUGGAUGAGGAGCAAUAUAAGCUGCUAAGUGACCACAUCGAGCAAAUGGCCACAGAGUAGGAGAUCAGCACAUGCUCUUCUCCUAGGAUCUGUCACCCCAGUGAUGACCCUGCAUGACACCAGCAGCACCCAGAGCCGCUCCUUGCUGCCCUAGAACUAGCAGUUAAAAAACUCCAGAAGCCUGUCUCCCCUGCCUGUGUCUGCUCUCCCUCUAUGUCUAUGGUGUCCCCUGGGUUACACAGCUAAACGUGAGGGACCAUCUACCCCCACCUAUCCUUGAGCACCAGGCUUGUGAGAUGAGACAGAGGGUGGAGGAAGCCAUGAGGGAUGGUCCCCACGGUUCCUGCCGAGAGCCACAGACAUGUGGUUACGGAGGCGCAGGAGGGGAUCCACACAGCUGCGACGUGAGGACAGAAUCAGUGCUGUGAAUGACAGCCUGCCACUCCCUGCCACAGGACUCCCUGUGAGCUGUACAGAAGGACCAUGGAGCCUUCCUGAAAGGCCUCGGCUGUCUGCUCUUCUCCACCUCCUCAUGGGAUAGGAACUGAAAGAGAACUCAAGGGUUGUCACUUUCCUAGAGGGUGUGAGCGUUCUGCCAGCCACAACCAUGUCUCAGACUCAAGAGCUCCGUCAACAGAAUCUCGGAACUGGCCACCCAACACAGUCUCUCCCUCAAUAGCACAGAAUGUCCUUCAGCUCCCAGGCCGCAGCAACACAUGCAGUGGGACGCAGGAAGCGUGGGGGAGCCUUCUCCUCGGCAGCUCUGGGGGGACAGAACUAAGAACAGCGGUUCAGCCAGAGCACACAGAAUGGAUCUGACUGAGGGAGGAGACCACGGGAAAGCAAGGUUGCCUGGUAGCUCCAGCCCACAGUCCUCUCCUUCUGAAGGACCCACAGCGAUCUGCCUCCUCAGCAUCCAGCGUACUGGCUCCAGAGCUGCUGUUCCCAUCCACGCCAGUGGCCUCGGUCCCUUCUGUGCCAGGCAUUCUGGUCACCGACCUUGAACUAGGCCUGCAGGCUCUCCUGUCAGCCCGCAUCACCUCACCCUUCUCUGUCCCUCAGCCUUCAGUCACAUUUAUUCAUGGUCUGCCUGUGAGCGCAGUGGGUUCUCUCCUGACAGCUGUGAACUCAGCUGGUGUGGGCGAGCCUUUCCUGCGGGAAGAACCUCCCAGGGAUGGCCAAAGGAGAGCAGGAUAGGCAAAGCUGUGGGAUGUACAUUUCCUGGAUGUCGGGGGUGACCGAGACAGUACAUCAAUCCCUGAGCUAUUCAAGCAAAUGCCCCCGAUGGCAUAGUGUGUGCCAACCGGUACACCUGACUCAGCAUUAGGAUCCUAUAACCAUGCCUGUCCCCGCUCUGUGUUUUAGGGAAGUGACAUAAAGUGAGGUCGCCCUUGCUAAGUCCUGCUGUCCUCUCGAGGACCUUCCUCAGCUGUGCAAGCAUGGGGGCCUCUCCUUGCUCCUCCCAGUCCUGCACUGGCAUGAGUUCGGGGGUAGGAGGACAUGACUCCAGGGUGCUGGGAGAUGCACCAGUCUUGCGCAGCAGCCCCUGUGGUCUGGCCUCUGCCUUGCCCUCAUGCAGCCAUGAACCGCCUUAAGGGGAAGAGUGCCAAUGGUCUUCAUGGAGUUCAGAAGUGACUUUGAGACUGUCCCUGCUGACCUUUUGAGAUAGUCACUUAAGGAAGGAUGGCUCUCUCUCAUCUGUCUCUUCUUCCUUAUUGUUGCAGAUCUAGCUCCACAGAGUCAGAAAGUUCUGACCCACAUUAGACCCACGUGCGCUGCUAAGGCCAUGGUAACACUCUGGGACAGGGCAGCCAUUGAUGGGAGCAAAGCUUGCAGGUGCCUGGAGGUGGUCCCACCAUUGCCUGCAGAUGUCUUUCCUCUGUUCACAGUUAGGUUUAGUGAGCAUUUCAUGUCAGGGAGCCUCUGGCCAGUGUCUCUGGGAGGUCACUAAUCUACCCCUGAGGUACCCUCUCUUUCGGUCGUAGCUUUCUCCGAGGGCCCCAACAAGCAAGCAUAAACCGGGCUUGCUGGCCAGCACUCCUUGGCUCCCCUGCCGAGCUCAUGAACCACAGACAGACAGUUCAGAUUACCUGGAUAAUCCCAGGCGGUAUCUCCAGUCUAUGCUGGUAGUGGCCCAGAUCUAUGCAGGCCCAUUAGCACACAUUCAAACCUUCCAGGGCUGUGACCUUCAAAGCUGUGUAAAUCAGUGUCAAGCACAUUAUAGUGUUUGCCCUCACAGGAAAAAAAAAAAGUCCCCUGUUCUGACAGCAGGCCAGUGGUGGGCUGUCACUCUGCUGUGAUCAGCUCUGUUAGGUUAUUGUGGGUUUUAGAGGCCGAGCACGGCGACCUCCAGGCCACCUCUGCAGAGUGACUAGCCACAGGCAGAGCUGCAUUGUGGUAUAUACACUGAGAGAUCUGCCUUGUUCACCUGCCAGACUGGGAUUUUCCUCUCAUCUAAGACACAAAGAGACUGAGGAGCUCAGCGUCUCAGGAGGACUGGAGGACAAGCUCCAUCUGCAGAGGAAGGAGGUCUUCCUAGCUGAGCCUACUGUACAUCUGCAGUCCCUCACUCAGGAGAUGGAAGCAGGAGGAUCAAGAGUUCAAGGUCAUCCUUGGUUACAUAGGGGGUUCAAAGCCAGCCUGGGCCCAAUGAAACCUGGUCUCAAGAAAACCAAACCAAACCAAUUAAAUAUAAUCCUAAGAAUACAGGGUGGGCUUAGAGCCAGUGUCUCCGCUUGAGAUGGAAUGGCAUUCCCAGCCUGCCUUGUCACUCCUCACCUGAGAGGAAGCAGUGGGUGGUCUGACUCUGCAGCUCAGAGAUACAGGAGGCUUCAGGGACAGUGCCCUACUCUAGAAACACCUGCCACUCUAGAUAGUUAGUGUGAGGGAUCCAGGCUUGUGUGAGGGGAAGAAUGUGGAAAGCUGAGGUCUAAUUGUGGUGACAUUAGCCGUCCCAGGCCACAAGCCAUACCCAGCCUUGACCUUCCUGGGUCACUCUGACCAGUUUGUUUUUCCAUUAGGGAGGGAAGGUCUGGGCCUGCUUAGCAAGAACCGCUUUAUUCCGGUUCCCAUACCACAUUCAGCCGGCCAGGAGAUGAGCACUAGAGGAAAGCAGUAGGAAGGGACUCUAGGAGGUGGCACUGGCUCCACAGCCUCUGGGAAGUGACAGAGAUGCUUCAGCUCCAGGUUCCUGCCCCUGCUGCUCCCACCUUCCAAGCCAGUUGCUUCCAAGCCUGCUCACUCAUCUCAGCUCCAGCCGCACAGCCACAGCCUCAGGUCUGUUUAGCUUGGGAAGCCACAAGUGGAUGCCUGUGUUCAUGGGCCUCCCCUGGGAGUUAGUGAUUUGGGAGACCAGCCUCACUGCAGACUCCAGGCUCUGACAGGUAGUGGCCUGGGCCCAGCUGCAAGCCAUGCUCCCCUGAGCUAUAACCCCAGAGACUCUGCACUUUAUCUAGAAAGGAUCCCCUCCCUAUGGAUUGCCUUGGUUUUGACCCUGAGCUAAGGCUGGCCCUAUUCCAUCCUUCCUAGAUGAUGGGUGUGUUAAUGGGAGGAAGGAAAGAGAGCCUGCCUGGGGAAGGUUGGCUUACAGCCACCCUUGCAAGAAGUGCUGGUAUAGGGUCAGCUGGGGAGAAGAGCCCUGGUCGGUGGCCUUGGAUUGUCACUUCUUUCAGGAUAAAGAUCCCUUGGGGUGGGGGGGGAGUUGGACGUUUGACUGCUAGGAGAUCCUAGAGGCUCAGACAGCAGGCAUGUAUGCCCAUGAGGAAUAUGUGAGGACCUGGACCGCUGGCUGCCUCAGCGUACCUGUAGAGCUAUCUGUAGAGACUCUACCUGCAGUCUGCUCUCUCUUGGGGUUCCACACCCAUUUCUUGCCAGCAGCUCCCAGUGAUGCUGUGUUUUGUAUGUUAGUUACACAACUUGGUGUCCUGCCAGGUCAUAUUCUAAAAUUAAGGCUGAGAAAGGUGUGAGGUCGAAGAUCUCAGGCAGCGCUGUUUCCUGUGAAGAAAAAAAAAAAGUGUAUAUACCCAUAGAUAUAGUACUUUGUCUUGUCAGGAGGUGGAAACCGAAAUAAAUUAUCUUUUAAAAAGAA